ACUGCUAGAGCUGUUCUAAACCAUACUUCAUAAAAGAGAGCAGUCCUAUCUGUCGACUGUCAAAGGAGAUGGAUUCUGGAGAAUGCCAAUUGAAUGAUAAACAUGCAGACAUGUACAUCAAACAGGAGGAUCAGUGUAACAAUACAGAGGAAAUGGAUUCUAAAGCAGAACAUGAUGAUAUAAACAUCAAACAGGAGGAUCUGAAUAUAAAGCUGAAUGACGUAAAUUAUCAACAAUUACAAUAUACAAAUAAUGAAUCCACGCUUAUUCAAGAAAACAUUUAUGUAGAAAGCACAGAAAUCAAACAAGAACCUCUCUUUGGUUGUACAACUAAAAAUGAAACAUGGGGACGAAAGAAUAAAAACAAUGAGGAUUACGUUAGCAAUGAGGAUUAUGUUAG